GAAGAAGUCCAAAUUUGACAGACAUGUGUUGUGUCCUCAAAGGUGCUUUGAAUGUUACCUGGGAUGUUUUCAAAUGUUGCUGUGACUGUACCAAGAAAGUCGUCUGCUGUUGCUGUUCGUGCGCAUUGCAAACGUGUUGCUGCAUUAUUUUCGUUGCCCUGAUAAUUGCUUUGGCAAUCGGGCUGGGAGUUUACUUUGGCAUAUUCCACAAUGCUGAAAGCGAUACGACAACUACAACAGUGGCCCGGAGCAAGCUGAUUACGACAUUGAUGCCGGAUUUAGACGACUCAGCAUACAUAAAUUAACUAACAAUCUUAGUGUAAAGAUUUAAGAUUCAAGAUGACCAAAAUUUAAAUCACUGAGUGAAUGAAAUAACAAGCUUGUUCUCUUUGUGGGGAGUUUGAUAUGAUUCGGAAAAAUUCGGGAUAAUUUGUUUAGUGGUAUGAACGUGAAAGAUGAAUAAAAAUAGAUAGCAAAUCUUUCGAUGUGAUAAAAUAGACAUAUUAGGAGUCGAUAAGUAUCGAAACGCUUCAUUUGUGAAAUUAAUAUUUGAAUAUAUUUAGCUAAGCUCGUUUAAAUAACAAUUUUAAAAAAAGACGAUUAGAAUACAACAAGCAUUUUUUUUGCUAUGAAUGUUUUAAAAACCAAUUUCUGAAAGAAUGCAAUAGAAGAAAUAUUAGGAUACAUUUAUGUUAAAAAUUUGAUUUGUUACUUCAUUCAAACACAGAUUCAAAACCCGUAUCAGAACCCAUACUAAUAAAAGUUUCUAUACAAAAAAUAUUAAAAUGAAAACAAAUUGAAAUAAUAAUAAUAUUUUUAAGUUUGAAAUUCAUGUUCAGAAUUUUUAUCUAAAUUCAUAUUGAUUUCUUUAAAUCAGAAAACUAAAUAUUGAAUGCCAAUGAAAUGAAAUCAAAUUUUUGAAGUCAAGAAUUUGAGAAUUAAUUAAGACUAACUAUGGAAGUAGUUUCCUUUUCUCUAACAGCUCUAAAUUUAAGAUUCACAGCUAGUUGUAUAAAAUAUUCCACAUUUUAUUACAAUUUUAUGUCCAAUUUUCAUAAAUUUAAGCUGAAAAUAUAACUUCAAAUAAAAUUCUCUAAAUACAGACAAAAUAAAAUUUUGCAAUAGAGCUUGGUUAUUUAAAGUUACAUAAAGUAAGAGCUUAAG